AUGGCUGACGAGCACGAUGUUGAGUUCGACUCCGCUGAUGCCGGUGCCUCGACCACCUACCCCAUGCAGUGUUCCGCUCUGCGCAAGAACGGUCACGUCGUCAUCAAGAACCGCCCCUGCAAGAUCGUUGACAUGUCCACCUCCAAGACUGGCAAGCACGGUCACGCCAAGGUCCACAUGGUCGCCAUCGAUAUCUUCACUGGCAAGAAGCUCGAGGAUCUCUCUCCCUCCACCCACAACAUGGACGUUCCCCACGUUAAGCGUCAGGAGUACCAGCUCCUGGACAUCACCGAUGAUGACUUCCUCUCUCUCCUGAAGGAUGACGGUGACACCAAGGAUGAUGUCAAGGUCCCCGAUGGUGAUGUUGGCAAGCAAAUUGUCCGCAUGUUCAAGGAUGAGGGCAAGGACGUCAACGUCAUCAUCCAGACCGCCAUGGGUGAGGAGUGUGCCAUUGAUGCCAAGGAGGCUCCCAAAUAA